AUGGAGAAUUAUCAGAAAAUUGAGAAAGCCGGUGAAGGAGCAUACGGUGUCGUGUACAAGGCUCGAGAGCUGAAGCACCCCAACCGUAUCGUUGCUCUGAAAAAGGUCCGACUUGAAGCUGAGGAUGAGGGCGUCCCUAGCACAGCCAUCAGAGAGAUCUCCCUUCUCAAAGAAAUGAAAGACCCGAAUGUUGUCCAGUUGUUGAAUAUUGUACAUGACGAUCGUCGCAACCUCUAUCUUGUUAUGGAAUUUCUGGACAUCGAUCUGAAGAGAUAUAUGGACGCCCUGCCUGUUAGCGAAGGCGGCCGCGGCAGACGUUUACCGAAUGGAUCCAGGAUGAGAGUCGGUUUGGACGCAGCGAUGGUGAAAAGAUUUAUGGCACAACUGCUUGAGGGUGUUCGCUACUGCCACAGCCAUCGUAUCCUACAUCGUGAUUUAAAGCCGCAGAACUUACUCAUUGACCGCGAGGGUACUUUGAAAUUGGCUGACUUCGGACUGGCUCGAGCCUUUCGCAUUCCGCUAAGGAAGUAUACCCAUGAGAUCGUGACCUUAUGGUAUCGUUCCCCGGAAAUCCUUCUUGGUAGUCCCUUAUAUUCCACCGGCGUCGAUAUGUGGUCUGUCGGGGCUAUCUUUGCUGAGAUGUGCACCCGCGAGCCUCUCUUCGCUGGUGAUUCGGAAAUUGAACAAAUAUUCAAGAUCUUCUGUCUCCUUGGUACUCCCAACGAACAAAACUGGCCCGGUGCCACUGCGUUGCCCGACUUCAAAUCCAGUUUCCCCAAAUGGAAGCGGACCCGUCUUCCUCUAGUGCCUGGCUUGGAGAGCGCUGGCUGCGAGCUACUGGAUUCUCUUCUCCAGUACGACCCCACGAAAAGACUUUCCGCGAAACAGGCUUGCCUUCAUAAGUACUUUCCUAAUGGAAGUUCAUACUAUUCUGGAAGAGCCUGUUGA